AUGACCGUGGCAACAGGAAGAACAACAAGGGUGAUAGGAUGGUACCAUUCGCAUCCUCAUAUCACAGUUCUCCCUUCCCAUGUCGAUGUGCGGACUCAGGCUAUGUAUCAACUUCUUGAUCCUGGGUUCAUUGGGUUGAUAUUUUCUUGUUUUAGUGAAGAUGCGCACAAGGUGGGAAGAAUCCAAGUUAUUGCAUUCCAGUCCUUGGAUGGGAAGCAGAAUCACAUGUUGAGACCUGUUUCUCUAUCUCCUGUGCGCAGAAGUUCUGUUAUAGAUAUAGAAUCUUCUAUAAGUUCCUCUGAGAACUCACUGACAAGAUCUGGAUCUGCAAGGGCCGAAAGCCUUGAACAGGACACAGGUGAUUCAAGAACAGCUGCUGGGGCUUCUAAGGGUGGGCGAAGAUCAUCAGACUUGGGGGGUUUCUUCGCUAACGCUGAUGCCAACUAUCUAGGGAGAGACAUAACUGGAGAAAGGCACCACAUCAACAGCUUAGAAAACACCAUCACUGAUAUAGACCCCAUGGAUAUGUCAGAAAGUAUGCAAGAAGCAAUGCACCGUUCAAAUCUGGAAAUGAGUGGUGCAGAAUUUGUCAGGAAGGAAAUUCCGCUUUAUGUUUUGCCAACCUUAUCUCUUCUCAAUCUCGAUUCGCCAUUGACUUCCUUUAUAGAUUUGCAACGUGUAUUGUAUGAGGAGGAGCGGACUGCAUAUAAUCAAGCAAUCUUACAGAACAUGAGGGAUGGGAAAGUGCACCCUCUUUCUUUCAUUCAUCAUACAUCAACAUAUGAGUCUUCCAUGUGCAAAUUAAUGGAGUAUUGCUUAAGUCCUGCCAUAAACGCUCUCCAGGAUCGGUUGAGAGAAAAUGAAAUCCGGUUAAAGAUGCUGACUGAUGAAGCCAAGAACUUGGAGACCGAGGCCUUCAGAGGGAGCGAGCCAAUUUCAAUAUCCCCUCGCAAUGUUCCAUCUCGUGGACUCCGAGGUAGCCCUUCAUUUGGUCAUAGGGACUUGUAUAUACCCGAAUCAGGGAGUUUGAGAAAUGCCACAGGUCCUGGUAGCUGUAGUAGGAAAGGGUCUUAA